AUGACUGCUACCUUCCUGAUGUCCAUGCUUUUUGGCCUUGCAUGUGGGCAGGCAAUGUCUUUUUGUGUUCCAACUGAGUAUACAAUGCACAUCGAAAGGAGAGAGUGUGCUUAUUGCCUCACCGUCAACACCACCAUCUGUGCUGGAUAUUGUAUGACACGGGAUAUCAAUGGCAAGCUGUUUCUUCCCAAAUAUGCUUUGUCUCAGGAUGUUUGUACAUAUAGAGACUUCAUCUAUAGGACUGUAGAAAUACCAGGAUGCCCACACCAUGUUGCUCCUUAUUUCUCCUAUCCUGUUGCUAUAAGCUGUAAGUGUGGCAAGUGUAAUACUGACUAUAGUGACUGUACACAGGAGGCCAUCAAGACAAACUAUUGUACCAAACCUCAGAAGUCCUAUCUGGUGGGAUUUUCUGUCUAA